AUGAACAUCCUUCAAUCCACCCUCUCUAGCAUUCGCGAUCACUAUUCCUUCGUCUCUAACACCUCAAACUUCCGAUCAACUGGGCAGAUCUCGCCCGAAGAAUUUGUCCUCGCAGGGGACUAUCUAGUCUACAAAUUCCCCACCUGGUCCUGGGCGGACGCAUCGCCCGAGUCCAAGCGCGUCAGCUACCUCCCGCCCGGGAAGCAAUAUUUAGUCACCCGAGGCGUCCCCUGCCAUAGACGGCUAGACGAAAACUUCGCCGGAGAAGCCGGCGUUGCGGAUGAUCUUGUGCAAGAUGGCUUUCUAGGUGUUGAUGAUAGGGAGGGUGGCGGCGGCGGGGAUGGCGAGGAUGAUGGCUGGCUUCGGACUGGAGGCAGCUCGGAGAAGGAACAGGCUGCCAAUAUCAGGGAAGUGCACACGAUGUCCGAGUCGGGUAAUAUAGGCGAGGAACCGGAUGAUGAGGACGAGAUACCGGAUAUGGAAGACGACGAUGACGAUAACGAGGCUAUCAUUCGAGAUCCCAAGGCUGGCGGCACGAGAGCGCCAUUACGAACCUACAACCUCUACAUUACAUAUUUUCCUUACUAUCGAACACCACGGUUAUACCUGUCGGGCUACGUGUCCGCUUCGGAACCGCUCCCGCCCCCAGCAAUGAUGGAGGACAUCGCGGGUGACUACAAAGACAAGACGGUCACACUCGAGACGUUUCCCUUCUUCGACGGCGGCAUGAAAAUGGCCAGCGUCCACCCCUGCAAGCAUGCCUCGGUCAUGAAAGUGCUCCUCGACCGGGCCGACGCGGCGCUGAAGCUCCGACUCCAGAAGAUGAAACAGAGGGAGGCAAGCGGCGCGACCGCUGGAAGAAGUGACAUGGUAUCCGGAAUGGAAGGGCUGAUUGAUGAUACGUCGAAGCUCGCCCUGGAGAAGAAAGCACACGCUCAAGGCGUGGCGGCAGCAGGCGGGGCCGCCGGCGAUGAAUGGGAAGUCCUGGAGCAGGAAGAAGGAGAUGUCGACGAGCAGCAGGUCGCCAUCAAGCCGCACCAGUAUCUCGUCAUAUUCUUGAAAUUCAUGGCAUCCGUCACUCCUACCAUUGAGCACGACUUCACGAUGAGUGUUUGA